UUAUGACCUCCCGAUGGGAGAAACUGCGAGCGGACGCUUGAGCCGGUCCGAAGGUUUCUGGUAUUCAAGCCUAAUUAAUAUGGAAAUUAUUUAUCAAGAGAGCAUUGGCAUUUUGUUUUGCAUAAGUAUGUACAUGUGCAAGAUAAGAAGCCCAAGUUUCAAGUCUCCGUUGGACAAACUGGGAUGAAAUAUUAAUACAAGCUAUGAGUUGACACCACCAAUCAAAGAGAAGAUUGGGAACAUGGGGUGCCGUAUAGUGUCAUAAUUACAGGAGGGACCGUAUAGACGAGUGUGUCAUCCGAUGCAUGGAAGGGAGUAAUACAUCGCGGGAGAAUGAUGGGGUUCUUCUCAAUUGGGUCUCGACCUCGGUUCCAUUCCUUGGAGAUAAUGGACAAAAGACAGAAACCGUUUAGUGGUUCUUCAAACCAUCGUCUUCGGAAUCAAAGGAACGGUGGGAGCUUCGGGAGCUGCGAGAGCUGCCAGCCAGUGGCAGACCAGAAUCGCCAAACUCGCGGUAGGCGCGUUCCCGAGCAACGGACUUGUCCUUGCGGAUAGUGAGACAGUUGAUGCCGAGGAAGGUGGUAAUACGGUUGAUGACCAGCACAGCCCAGUGCAUGUACACCACCAAGGCAAAGAGGAAGUACAGACGCAGGUACCAGACCUCCAGCGAGUGGCUUAGAGCCGGGAGGCCGAUGCGGGGCAAGUUCGCCAAAAUAGCACCGAAGACAAGAGGGCCCUGCAGCACGGUCCAGUAGGGGAAGGGCUGGCGCAGCAGAUGGGCCAGAAUGAUCAUGGUAGUCAUACGACCGAACACGAAAGAGAUAGUCCAGCAGAACAGGACCAGGUGGUUCUCGGUCAGCAGACAAGAGUAGGGAGAGAAGAGCCAGGCAACGGUGCAAAAAGUGAAUGCGAUCAUGGGAACCCACUCUUUCAGCAAUGGGGUGAAGGGCAGGCCUUGCUUCUUGCGUGCAGCAUAGACAUUGAGAACACAGCCGGGGAGGUGAGCCAGGAAGAAUCCACCGAGCAGGAUUGGCACCCAAAGGUCCUUGACCGAGUUGUUACCGAAAAGCUGCGGGAUAUCGAUGAGAUCAGUGAUGGGGCGCGACCAGAUUUCAGGUCCCCAAAUUCCAGAGGCAAGCAUAAUGCUGAUCGCAAUGAGGAGUCCUUCAGUCGGACCAUUGAAAUAGCCAAGAUACAAAGUGUGGGUGUGGAAAGUCUCCCAAGUCGAGAAAUACAUCGCGAGACAGGGCACCAGCGCGGUGUAUGCACCAAGGUGAGAGGCACCAAAGCCCAUGGCCGCAGUCUCCAAUAGACUGGCCAGGGUGCAGUUCAGCGAAUCAAUGCCGUGACUGUGUGUGUGGUCUAUUAGUAAGGCUUCCGUGGGUAGGCCGAUGGCGGUACGAACUCAAACAACUCUCCCAGCCCGCUGGAAGUUCCAGUUCUCCGUGCCUGUUUACCAUCGACAUUGUCCAAGGUAGAAUACCUGUACCUGGUCAGUUUUGAGUUGCCGAUGCCGUGACCGGAAAUUUCGACUCACAUCCACACACCGAUAGCGAAGCUAAAGUACAACCACCAUGGACCCUAUAGAAUGAGACACUUAGCGGAGGCUCGGAUUCUCGGAAUUUGCGGGACCUUACCGGUCCGAUCAUAUCAGGCAUGAAAAUUUCAAUCAGGAAGACAUUGAACACAAUGAACAAGAAACCCAGAAGGGUCACCAUGUUAGGGGCGAUCCACAUGGGCAAAAGCUCAACAAAGGCAUUCCACUGAUAUCCAUUUCCACAAGUCAGUUAUCAAUAUCCGGUCAUGAAAAAUGCCGCUCAGGUGGGUUCGUACGUAGUGCUUGAGGAUAUAUUGCGAAAUAAAGGAUUUGUCAACGCUCGAGUACUUGUAUGAUUUCAGGGGCAUCAAGGCAUCGUCGGAGAGCGAAUCUUGGGUCUCUGUAGGCAUGAACAUGAUGGAUCAGUAAGUUAUAAUGAAGAAAUGAGUUUACAAACAGUCUGCAAUGUCAACCCACCUUGGACCAUCCGCCAAAUCGCGCUCAUUUUGAGAAUUGAGACCGCGUCGCGUGAGCACUGUCAGGGUCCCUUGAAGCGGGGUUGUAAACUAUAUCUUGACACCGCGGUAGGGAGGCAGACGUUCCCAAGACAGAAAGAAAGAAAAACAAGACUAGCAACGUCCUGGAUAUGACAUUCGCAUGAAAAGAAGUUGCAGUAAGCCAAAAAUAGUGAAGCAAAGACAAGUUGUUGGAAUGUUUCAAAAGAGGGAUUUUCAGCCCGUAAAUCACGUGCCGUCCUCCGCAAAUGGAACGCGAGGUUACCAUGCUCCACCGCUAAAGUUGACUCGGCCAUCGCAGAUCGUCUGCUUCGCCAAGUUGCGCCCGUGUCCACCUUUUUUCCGUGUUUGUUCCAGACCUUGAACCCUUCCAACCGUGACCUUCCACGACCUCUGCGCUCCCGGCCCCCAACUUGCCUCCGUCCCGGCCCCCGCUGAGGCCUUUCUCUCAUUGUUGACCUGAUCCGCCUAGCAGCUCAUUCGCGCGCAUUCGAUCUCGAUUCACGUCAUCGCCGCCGCUACCCACUGGUCAUUUCUUCCUCUUCGGCUAAAUCGCGCGUCAACGUUGGAUGGACAUGACGUUUGGUGGUCCUCGCAGCGCCCUUUGCGCAGCUCGACAGUGAGGAUCUUUCGCGAUGCCGGGCGUCGUUGAGGUACCCGCGGUGCCGGCGGCGCCACCCUUCAGUCGUGAUUUCAGUGUUGGUCAACAGAAGGUGGAGCUGGAGAUUGACUUUUUGAACAAGAGUCUGAAAGGAAGCACUGAGAUCACUCUUUAUCCAAGCCGCGUUGACCUCCGGACGAUUCACUUGAACUUUCGCCAGGGUGAAAUUAAGCGCCUAACAGUCAACGGAAAAGCCGCGACGUUGAAAUAUGUCGACCCCUACGAAAACCUUCAUCUGUAUGGACCCCAGUACCACGAGCGCCUCACCCGAAAAGUCGAUGGUCUUUUGAAAACCCCACCCGAUCCACAGCUCGAGAUCUCGAUUCCGAAGAGCGUGCACAUCAGAGAAUUGGACUCGCGGUCUACGGAGGCUCGUGAGCGCAUUGCGUUGCAGGGAGCUGGCGAAGAUGUCGAUGGACCGGCGGGAAGCAAAGCGCCAGAGAGCAACCUGCCUCAAUUCUCAGCCGUUUCGGUCCAUAUUGAAUUCGUGAUUGAUCGCGUUCGGGAUGGCCUGCAGUUCGUCGGCGUGGAUAGUGGAGACCGUCGGUAUCCGCAUGCUUUCACUACCAACUCCCCCGAAUCAAGUGUUGGGUGCCCGCUGUUCCCUUGCGUGGAUGACCCGUCGUCGCGUUGUGUCUGGGAGAUCUCGAUUUCGUGUCCCGCCUCGCUGGGUGAUGUUUUCGACCGCAAAGCUAUCAGUUCUAGUGCCCGAUCAAAGGUCCAGAACCGAUACAUUUCCGCUGAUGAUGGAGGAUUGGAUAUGUCUGUCGUAUGCUCUGGUGAACUGACGGAUGAUAUCACCGACCCCAAAGACUCGACCAGGAAGACGGUCUCGUUUGCAUGCUACACCCCUCUCUCCGCCCAGCAGAUUGGGUUUGCGGUUGGACCUUUCGAGUAUGUCAACCUCGCAGACUUCCGCGAGAGUGACCAGGAUGAACAGCUGGGACAAAAUGCGAUUCCUGUACAUGCCUUCUGUCUUCCAGGCCGGGCCGACGAAGUGCAAAACACAGGCUUUCCCAUGGCUCAGGCUAUCGAUUUUUUCUCUCUAUCCUACGGUUCAUACCCUUUCUCCAGUUACAAGAUGUGCUUUGUGGACGAUCUUGUGUCAGAGACCUUGCCCACUGCAGGAAUGUCAAUCUGCAGUAGUCAUCUUCUCUUCCCGGCGGAUAUCAUCGACCCCAUGUACGACUCAACCCGUGCUCUUGUACAUGCUCUGGCAUGCCAGUGGAGUGGCAUCAAUAUCAUUCCCAAUGAGCCCGCGGACACCUGGGUCACCGUCGGUGUAGCUUGGUUCGUGACCGAUACAUUCAUGAAGAAGCUGUGCGGUAACAAUGAAUACCGAUAUCGACUCAAGCAGGCGUCUGACAGAAUAUGCGAGUUGGAUUAUGAGCGCCCUUCAAUCUACGACAUGGGCAACUUCUUAAAAAUUGACCCGUCAGAAUAUCGAUUCAUUGCAUUGAAGGCACCUUUGGUCCUCUUCAUUCUUGAUCGUCGUCUGACCAAGGCAAGUGGAAAGGCCACGAUGUCCCGCAUUAUCUCUCGGCUCUUCCUCAACUCGCGUAUGGGGGACAUCCCUAACGGUGCAGUGACGUCGGCCAUGUUUCAAAGGUUAUGUGAACGAUUCGGCCACGCUAAGUUGGAUGUCUUCUUCCAGCAGUGGGUGUAUGGGGCGGGGUGUCCACGCUUCCAAGCGACACAGCGAUUCAACAAGAAGAAGCUGGUAGUUGAAAUGAUGAUCAGACAAGUCCAGUCUGACCAGCCAUCUGCACGGGACCUUGACAAAGAUGCCUUCUUGCGUGAUGUCAAAGAAGAGAUUCGACAUGUCUAUGCAGGGCCCAUCCAGCCUGUUUUUACCGGAUCAAUGACUAUCCGAAUCCACGAGGCUGACGGUACUCCAUAUGAGCACAUUGUUGAGAUCAAAGAGGGCGUCACAAAAUUCGACAUCCCAUACAACACCAAAUACAAGCGUCUCAAGCGCAACAAGAAGCAACGAGAGCGUGCGGUCGCGUCAGGGGAUGCCGAAACACAAGAGGAAGUUCUCUUGUAUUGUCUCGGUGAUGUUCUCCAGACCGAAGAGGAGACCCAGGCCUGGCGCUUGGCAGACUGGACCAAAGAAGACGAAGAACGUAUGGGGCAAGAGUCUUAUGAGUGGAUUCGCAUGGAUGCAGACUUCGAGUGGCUCUGCAGAUUGUCCCUUGGCAUGCCUGGCUAUAUGUAUCUGUCGCAGCUUCAGCAAGACCGAGACGUCGUUGCCCAGCUCGAGUCACUUCAGUACAUGGCAGCUCAACGAGAGCAUCCAUUGAUUUCCACCAUUUUUGUUCGAACGCUCAUGGACAGCCGGUACUUCCACGGGAUUCGUGUUACCGCAGCCAAGGCACUCAUCAAGCACGCAAAGGACGAGGUGGAUUGGAUUGGAUUGUAUCAUUUAGAGACAGCGUUCCAGGAGCUUUUUUGCUUGCCUGGUUCUCCGAUGACACGCUCGAAUGACUUUUCCGACCGGGCGGCCUACAUUCUGCAACAGGUGAUUCCCGAUGCUAUCUCGCAAGUGCGCGACAACGGCGGCAAGACCCCUCUGCGGGUAAAGCGUUUCCUCUUUGACAAGCUAAAGUUCAACGACAAUUCGAAUAAUGAGUACUCGGACAACUUCUACGUAGCUUCUCUGAUGCGCUCGCUUUGCCAUGCGAUGCUGGGGAGGACUACUGAGCCCCGACCCGAGGAUGAAUUGUCCCAUUUCGAUAUGGAACGCGUCAUCGAGGCUCAAGCCGAAGAACAGCUAGAAAAAGACGCCAUCGCCGAGUUCGAUCGUUAUCGCCGAAUGGACGAAUGGUCCAGCUCAUACCAAAAUCUCUACGCUCGGGCAGCCUUGGAAUGCCAGGUGCAACUGAUGCAGGCCAACGUUCUGGAAGUUGAUCUGAUGCGCUUCAUCCCUUACACUCGCUCUGGCACAUACGACCUCCUUCGCAUUCAGGCUUUUGAGUGCCUUGUCGAUCUUGACAUCGCUAAGUACCAUGAUCUCUUCCGGUGGCUCAUUUUCACGAUGACGAGUGACUCGUCGGCCUAUGUUCGUCAUCAUUGCCAACGGCUCUUCGGGCGUGCAUUGGCGCAGGUUGCUUUUGGCCAGGCCCCACAAACCGAACCAGUCCAGAUGGGUGGUUUGAUCAUCGAGCAGGAAUCAUCCACCGAAGUCCGUCAGGCCGAUCUUGCACGCCGACAGACGGUGCCUGGUGCUAUCGAAGCUCUGAAGAAAGAGAUGUCUGUAGAGCCAUCUCUGCGUGACUAUAUGUGGGCCGCGUGUAACUCCACAACCAUUGGAGUGCACGAGCUUUCUGAGCUCACCGACGUGUGCAGCAUUCUAUUUGAUCCCGUCACGUCUAAAAUCGCAAAAUUGAAAUACCCUCGAUUCUGGAAAGUCCAGCACCUGGGCCACGGCCAACUUCGGUUCUACAAAUCCAACCAAGUCCGUACCAGUCUGGGACCCACGAAAGACAGUGCCAAACGCAAGCGGGAGGAGCAAAGCAUGCAGCCUCCUGCUCCGCGUAUUACUUUCAAACAAUCCAAGCCGAGUGUCACCCCGAGCACCCCAUCCACUCCGGCAACCUUCCCCAAGAUAUCUAUCCCAGCUAGCGUACCACGCGCAGCCCCGAGUACACCGAUCUCCGCCACUCCAUCUACUCCAGCAAGUGGCGGUGGGCUCAAACUGAAGCUCAAGUUUGGGCAGAAGAAAUGAUCCUCCCACAUGUAUUUGCACUUGCCUCCUUUUUAUGUAUUUUACCUUGACCUCUUAUUUCUCAUGUGGGCCCUAUCUGCCUAUCGAUCAUGGUGGAGGGAAGGGCAUUUGAAGCAUUGUUCUCAGGCGCGAUGGACGGUGACGCAUAUGUUUCUCAAAGAAUAAUACCACUUUAGCUGUGUCUCAUUUGUUAUAUUUUGAGUGCCAUAUUCCUAGCUAAACAAAGUUCUCUCGCUGGAGGUGCCCUUUAUCAUGGAGACGUUCGUCAUGAAGGCUCUCAGAGACAUCGAACUCUCGAAGGUAAGCCUGAACGCAUUGGUAGAAAAACAAGCAGAAAAAAGUUUGAUUGUUCCCGUGUGGUAAACCGGCCCAGAAACUCCGAGUAUCAUUAUGGUCUUGGUUUCUCGCAGCCGCCGGUUCAAGCCGCGUGCCUUAUUUGGACAUUGCGAAAAUCGAAAUCGUAGGUUUUGCGUAUUGCCGUACGCUUAUUUGUCGUUUAUCCGCUCAAGGGCCUCAAGCAUGACGACCGAGUUUCCGCGAAUGACC